CUCUCUCUUGUCUCUUCCCUAUUACUAGUAUCUAAAAUAUUUGUUACAAAGUUUACUGCUCAAGAUAUCUCUAGCACCACUGUCAUAGCCGUUUUAAGUCCUUCAAGCACAAAAUAUUUCACACCUAUCCUUACUUGCAAUAGAAGAACUUCAGUUUGUGCAAUCAACAUACUCAAACAUGAAAUCUCUUUUACCUGCAAGUCUGAAUGGUGAUAACAAUGAAGAAUCAAUCUUGUCUUCAUACAAUUCUUGGCUAGAAAACCAUCCUUCUGCAUUGGAAAAUUUUGAAAAAGUGAUGAACAUUGCAAGAGAGAAAAAGAUUGUUGUGUUCUUAGAUUAUGAUGGAACACUCUCUCAAAUUGUCGAUGAUCCUGAUAAAGCUUACAUGACUGAUGCUAUGCGUGCAGCUGUGCGUGAAGUUGCUAGUUAUUUUCCUACUGCCAUUAUUAGUGGAAGAAGUAGAAAUAAGGUUUAUGAUUUUGUGAAAUUGAAAAAUAUUUACUAUGCUGGAAGCCAUGGAAUGGACAUAUCAACUUCACUGGGGUCUUCCAAGUAUCAUGAUAAGAAUCAUCAAACAAAGGGUGUUGAUGAAAAGGGUAAUGAAGUUGUACUUUAUCAUCCAGCAGAAGAAUUUUUACCAACAAUCCAAGAGAUAAUUAAGAUUUUGAAAGAUAAUAUAAGAGUGAUAAAUGGUUCGACCAUUGAGGAUAAUACGUUUUGUUUCACGGUACACUACCGCCGUGUGAAAAAUAGAGAGGAUGUUGAAGUUCUCAAAGAAAUUGUUGAGUCUAUUAUGAAAGAUUACCCUGAUUUUCUCAUAUCAGGAGGGAAAGAGAUUAUGGAGAUACGCCCAAAUGUGAACUGGAAUAAAGGCGAUGCUCUAAUGUAUUUUCUUGACACUCUUGGAUAUAACACCUUUGAUGAUGUUCUACCAAUAUACAUUGGAGAUGAUAGAACAGAUGAAGAUGCUUUUAAGAUUCUAAAACAAAUUGGAGGAGGUUUUCCAAUUGUUGUUUCUUCAAUUGCUAAAGAGACAAAUGCUUCAUAUUCUCUGCGUGACCCUGCUGAUGUUAAGACAUUCUUGACACAUUUAGCAAAAUGGAAGAAGAACUUGAUUCAUAAAACUAAACAACGUUGAAGAUAAAGUGAUGAUGGGUGGAUAAACUAAUUUAAGGCUGAUUUUGUCCCUUUUAAAGUUACCAAAUUAGCCUUGAUUUAUUUUCUAUAGAGAAUAUUGAUUAUGUCAAUACCAAUUGAAUAGAAAAUGGUUUUGUAAAUACAUGUCGUACUUCAAUUUUAGGUCACAUCAUUAGUAGAUGUAGACUCAUCAAUCUAAAUCAUGGUUUAAGGUAAGGUAAGAUUUAUGAGGCAACAAGGCAAUAUGGUUGAUCAUUUGUACCUACCUAGUUGUCAUUAUUUGGAUUGUAUUCUUUCUUCUAUUGUUCAAACUAUUUCCAUUGAAAUAAAUUAAAUAAUU